AUGGCGAGAGACAGGGAGUGCAUCCUCUGCGAGACAGUCCACGCCUCCAAGCAGGAGAUGGACGAGCACAUGAGAAGCAUGCUACACCACCGUGAGCUGGAGAAACUCAAAGGGCGGGACUGCGGCCACGACUGCCGGGUGUGCAAGGUUUCAUUGGUGAGCCUGACCGACUAUGCAGGCCACAUCUCCAGCCCUGCACACAAGCAGAACGUGGAGAAGGAGAAGAAUAUGCCUGGCUGUGUAAACAGCGGUGAGGACUACUUUGACAAGAACUUAGUGGAGCUCAUUUACAAAAGGAAAGAGAAGCUACGCAAAGAAAAAGAGGCGGCUGCUGCUGCUAAGCUGGCCCAAGAAACAGAGGAAGCUAAGAAACGGGCGAUCCAGCAGAGAAUAAAGGAAGCCAAAGAACGCCAUCAGUUGGAUCAAGGUGGGCAGCCUUUCUCGCACGGCCGAGCUUGGAACCCUCAAUAUUUCUCUAGGAAUAGUAACCAGCAGCAAGGCUUUAGCAGCCUCUUGAACAACAAGAGUGCCUCCUGGCAUGCUCAGGCACCUCCUAACUUCCAGAGGUGGGGGUCAGAUGACUGGCAAGGCAGUCGCUACCACUCACAGGACUGCAAUCCUAGUCGACUGCCCUGGCUCAGUAACCAAGGCAGCAGCUAUGGUUUUUACGGCAGGAAUAACCUUUCCCAAUUUCCAACAAAUAACCGAUCGUCUAGUUACAAUGGGUCCUCUCAAAUGUACCCGCCACCACCACAAUUUUUUGCCAGCCCUGUGAACAACCACCAAAAGAGUGUUGUCAAGAACCCAGGGCCCCAGAGUGAGGGGAAGCCGAUAGCCAAACCGAGCUUUGGCAGCAACCCAAAGCUGGACAAGACUUCUUACUCGUGUCCCUAUCCUGUCAGCAAAUCAGGAGACUUGCUACCCAGGAAAGGUGCCCAGUCAAAGCCAGUAGAACAAACCCCUAAAGGACCCCAAAAACAGGAAAAAGCAGCAGAACCACUCACCUCCACUGAGAAGGGAGUAAAGAAGAGGCUUGAAAAUAAAUACAGAAACGAUGGGCCUUCCAUCAGUAAUGAAGUACGUCCACAGCCUCAAGGAAUCAGGAACCUUUCUGUUGGAGCCCUGCCUUCACAACUAACACCGAAGGUUCCAGGAACCUCCAGGAAGUCCUCGUCCCUCCCUGAAAGGAAGAACUCUUUGGACUGCCCCCUGCUAGCGAAGACACUGCAUACUGAAGCGGAGCCGUGCAAGGAUCAGGUGAAUGUUCCCAUUACAGAGAACAAGGAAAACAGCUGCCAACAAAAUGCAUCUAAACCCAAAUCAGGCGAACCACCUAAAAAUUCUUCAUCUUGUGCAGCUAAAGAAAAGCUUGCAGCGUCCUCUACUGAGAGCAUCAAUUCCUUGCAGUCCCUGCAUGUCAGCACCUCUACCUCCAAGAAACUAAAGCCUGUAGCUUCAAAAUCCGAUGGCAAUGCAAAGGAUUCUCUCAACCAAACCUUUCUGGAAAAGGCCGCAACGGAAGCAAAAGACCACAGUUCAGAGGGCGAGGCCUCCAGAUUAGACAAAACCUGCCCAAAUGCGUCAAGCUUGUCUGAACUUGAACUGCCUCCCGUCCUGAAGCGCGACCUGACCAAGCGCAUCAGCAACAAGACGGGCAGCCACGAACCCAACCUCCACAUCGCCAGGCGUAUCCGUAACUUAAGCGAGUCACGACGGACCGACAGUGAAAAGGACUCCGGAAUAAAGCCAACUGUACGGCAGCUCAUCAGCUCCUCUGGAUUUCGACGGAAAGUUAACUGGGACCAGGUGUACCAGGAGGUGCGUAAGAAGCAGGACAAGGGAAAAGGAAUGCCCAGGUUCGGCAUUGAAAUGGUAUCAAACGAGGACCAGAGUCAGGAGGAGGAUGACAUGGCGAUGCUGGAGAACUUCCCAUGGGAUUCGCCGAUUGAGACUGCUCCUUCAGCGUCAUCACGCAAGCGCUCCCUCUCAGAGAGUAGCUUGGCCCCGCCUACUGAACGCUCGCCACAGGAGAUGCCGCGAAGAUCCUCAGUGGCCAAGGAGUGCGGUGGUGGGACUGAGAAAGAACAGAUUUUGAACCUCGCUGUGGAGGAAGCUCAAAAACAAGCAGAUAAGCUGAUGUCGGAGAAGGUCAAAGGUCUCCACGCGCUCGGAGGGAACAACUCCGGAGUCGAGCAGAUGGACGGACAGGGAACAGCAAAGAGGCGAAGAAGACCACGGGAUGUUUUGAACCUGGAUUCUUCAGUUGUGGAACAAGAUGCUAAAAGAAGAAAGACCAAAUCUAAAACAGAUCGCUUACACAUUGACCAACUUCUGGCCGUGUCUCUGCGGGAGGAGGAGCUGAGUCGCUCGCUGCAGUCUGUGGACACCAAACUGGUCCAAGCCCGGGCAGCCUUGGAGGCUGCUUACCUAGAAGUACAACGAGCAAUGGUGGUCAAACAGCAGAUUACCACAGAGAUGAGCGCACUCCGAGAAAAACGUAUUUCACUAUUAAAAGGGAUGCAAGCUGGCAAUACAGAUAUGGCAGAAAUCCCUCUGAUACAACCGAAAGAGGAGCCAACGGACACUACGGAAGUAGAACUGACCUCUUUGAAUCCGUCGUGUUCUCUUUCGAGUAACAUCGCUCCUGCACGCAGCACCUCAUCGCCACCUGCAGACUCAGGUGCCAUCGUCGUCAAGCAGGAGCCCCUGUCUCCCGUUCGGGUCAGCUGCGAAUCGGAACCCGAGGAGAAAUUAACAUACCCCGAGCCAAUGCUAAAAGUUGAAGAAGUGUGGAGUUUGUCUGGAUCGUUAGAGUGCACCGAAAAAGCUGUUCAGGCCACCUUUCAGGCCAGCUUCUUGCCCGACUCUAAAGCAGACGUGAAACCAGAGUCGCUCGCUGAUUGCGCCCCAUCUCCACCAUUGGAGACAUCCGGAGUGGUUAACGCCUCACCCGGUUCACCCCUGGAGUCCCGUGGCGGGAAACGAGUGAGGAAGCUGAAGAAGAGGAAGGUGCUGGAAAAGGCUCACGGAAGUGCGCUGCCCGAGAGCAGCGACACCGAGAUGGACACGAUGGGUGCUUCCAAGCCCAGGUGGCUCCGAACGCAGCGGAGGGCCAGCAGUGGCAGCGGUAGCACUCAAGUCAGCACGUCUUCGCUACCGCAAGGUUGCGACUUAAAGAUAAAGGAAGAAGCUGAGCCUCUCAAAAUGGAAGUAGAGGAAACGAUAGAGGUGCCCGCCACCUUCCAGCAGUCCUAUCCGGGAGCUCACAUCCCGCAAUCGUCCAGAAGCGAGCAGCCAAGCUUGGCCUGCAAUGAGGUCACCUCCACCAGCGACAUGGAUAUCUGUAGAUCAUCUGAGAGUGAAAUGUCACUUCCAAGGAUAUCAUGGAGCCCUUCCUGCACAUCGAUUGGCAUCUUCGAAGGCCACCAAGAGGCGGUGAAUGGCAUGCAGAUCCACGACGGGCUGCUGUACACGUGCUCAGGAGAUCGCACUGUCAAGGCCUUCGACCUGCUGAGUCGAAAGUGUGUUGCCGUCUUUUCUGGCCACACGUCCAAAGUAAGCUGUCUGUUGGUGUCGGCCGCCCUCUGCCUUCAGCACCGCCUGUACACGGGUUCCAGCGACCAGACCAUACGCUGCUACAGUCUUAAGACGCAGGAAUUAGAGCAGCAGUUCAAUUUGGCAGAUCGAGUCCUGUGCCUGCAUAACCGAUGGAAUUACCUCUACGCUGGGCUGGCCAAUGGCACUGUUGUUACCUUUGAUCUUACGAGCAACCAGCAGCGGGAUGUGUUUGAGUGCCACACCCCGCGAGCUGUCAGCUGCCUUGCUUCAUCGCACGAGGGCUCCCGACGUAUCUUGCUGGCGGGUUCUCACGACAGCACUAUCAGCGUAAGGGACGCUAAGACCGGGCUACUGCUUCGCACGCUGGAGGGACACACCAAGACCGUCCUUUGCAUGAAGGUUGUGAAUGACCUGGUGUUCAGCGGCUCCAGUGACCAAUGUGUCUAUGCGCACAACAUUCACAGUGGUGAGCUGCUGCGUGUCUAUGAGGGCCACAGUCACGCAGUUACCGUGGUGACGGUUGUUGGGAAAGUGAUGGUGACCGCCUGCCUGGACAAGAAAGUCCGUGUCUAUGACCUACAGUCUCGAGAACAGCUGCAGGUAUACACGGGCCAUUCGGACAUGGUGACAAGCAUGGUUGUGCACCAGAGCAAGAUCUACACCGGCUGCUACGAUGGCAGCGUGCAGACUUUUGAGUUCAACGUGACGCAAAACUACAAAUGCAAGUGGCACGGCUGCCCGCUGGUCUUUGGUGUCCUGGCGCACCUGCGGCAACAUGCGGUCGCCGACCACGCCACCAAUCAGCAGACGCUGCGAUGUCGCUGGAGGAGCUGCGAGGAGGUUUUCUGCACUCGCAACGGCUCCAAGCAGGCGAUGCUCGCACAUGUGCAGCAGCACGCUGACGAGGCCCAACCGGAGCCUUGA